CCAUUGUCGGGGUCGUAAUUUGACGCAUGCUCAAGUUGGCGGGUGGCUAGGGUAGUGGUACUCUUUUGUCUGCAAGAAGAGGGGACGUGGUUCUAAAGUAACACAACGUUCUACUAUAUUUUUCCCACAUAACAGCUGCAAGCUUGUGCAAACUAAGUAGCAGUUACGCUAUCCCAAAGUCAGAUCAAAAGGCUUUUCGCAUCUGUGUGUCCGUUGUCAUUUCUGUGUAAAGCUCUGUUGACGUUGAGAAGGAACCGGAAGGUUCCUGUGAUCCUUCAAGCCGAGCAUGAGCCAACCUGCAGCAGACACAUCUAAUGAUGCUCCCAGUGCAGAACCAGCACCCGCACCAGCAGCAGCACCAGCAGCAGCACCUGCACCUGCAGCAGCACCCGCAGCACCCGCAGCACCCGCACCCGCAGCAGCAGCCAAGCUGGCACCCACCACAGGAAAGAAGCAGAACAAGAAGAAGGUCGAGGAGGUGGUAGAGGAGGAGGAGGAGGAAUAUGUGGUGGAGAAGGUUCUGGACCGGCGGGUGGUGAAGGGGCGCGUGGAGUAUCUGCUCAAGUGGAAGGGCUUCUCAGAUGAAGACAACACGUGGGAACCUGAGGACAACCUGGACUGUCCAGACCUCAUUGCCGAGUUCCUGCAGUCCCAGAAGUCUGCGCACGAGGAGAAGAAGGAGGGUGGCAAGAGGAAAACGGGCGAGUCCGACAGCGACGUAGGCGGAGAGGAGAGCAGGCCUAAGAAGAGGAAAGACGAGGCAGAGAAGCCGAGAGGUUUUGCCAGAGGACUGGACCCAGAGCGCAUCAUUGGAGCCACAGACUCCAGCGGAGAGCUCAUGUUCCUCAUGAAAUGGAAAAACUCUGAUGAGGCAGAUCUGGUGCCAGCAAAGGAGGCAAACGUGAAGUGUCCGCAGGUGGUCAUCUCCUUCUACGAGGAGCGUCUGACAUGGCACUCCUACCCCACCGAAGAGGAGGAGAAGAAGGACGACAAAAACUAACCGAAGGGUAGUGGAAGAGAGGGUGGGUGGGGAGAGCUGGGGAAGGGUUUACGACAGAUGAGGUCUGAGGAUUGGCUGUUUUUAAGCUCAUUUUCUUUCUAUUUCUCUUACUUUGCUGCGGAAAAAUCCUGGACUUUUUUGAAGCCGAUGUGGUUGUGUGAGCAGACCGAUCUUGGGUCAGCGGUUUGGAGAAUGGAUUGGUGAAAGAAGAGGGAGGGUGUGACCGAGAGGCUUCUCAGCAAUUUCUUCAUUUCUCUGCUUUGGAUUAUGGGAAAUGUAGUCUUCACUCACAGGUGCUGCUCGGCCUCCCUUGGAUGAGUGGAUGGUGUAAUCAACAGACUGGUUCAUGAAAAAGUGAUUGUUUAUAAAGUUGUAUAUUCUCAGUUUCAGACAGAUCUUCUGUUUAGUCCAUGGAGGUUAACUGCAAGAUCGUUGCAGUCAUUUUCAAUAGUCUCAAUGCUGGUCAGUUGGUCAUUUUAGCGCUUUAAUCACACUUGUCUUUCUUUUUUCUAUCAAUGUGGCUAUCUCUCUUCAUAUCAUUAUCAUAUAAUGUGUAAAUGCAUGUGUUUUUACCUGGUCUAAAGUAUCCUCUUUUUUGAGUGUUAUGAACAAGAUACACGAGAUUUACCCCUCUCCUUUCCAUGUUUAAAUUACCCUUAAAAGCAGUGCAUUGUUUCCAAGGACCCACUGAGCACAAGUGAAACCCAGUCUUCUUGUAUCGAACUACUGGCUAGACUCAUGGUCAACCUUUGGAGGAGAUUACUACAUUUCCCAUAGUUCCCUAGAUACUCCACAACAGUCAGUGUUUAUGUUUAUUGUAACAUAUUUUUUUUAAGUGGUUCGGGGCGGGUCAGGAAUAGUGAAGUACACGUUUUAUAGCGAUAAUGUGUGAAGACAUUCAUCAAGAGAUCAUGGGUUGGGUUGGGUUGGGUUGGGUUGGGUUGGUUGGGGGGGGCAGCAAAGUUAAAGUAUAUAUUGUAAAUCAACAAGAAAAGGACUUUGCCAUAGUUUAGUGUUACUUAAUGCACAUCAUUGUAUCAGUGUCCGGCAGGUGUGCUUUGCCGUCAAGGCCAAUCAGAUUGAAGAGGGUACUGCCUCUGCCUCUCAUUCUGGUUGUCAUCAUGUUUCAGUUAGUCAAUGUUAAAACGCUGAAUGUAGAGUGUUGUGAUGUAAACUGCAGGAUACAAAAAUGCAAACAAACGGAAAAAAAAAUGAACAAGACAUCAAGUAACCCUGGUUACCCACGUUGUCCGGGUUAAGAGGUUUGGUCCUAGCAGCGCAGCUGGAGUUUUAAUGGUCAUUGUCAUAGUUUUAUUGUACAGUUUAAUGUGCCUCAAAUUGAAACGAUCAGUAAACGGCACAGACGUUCGCUCUGGUUGGUUAUCAGUGGCACUCCGAACGAUGGCAAGUGCAAACCCUUUGGACACGUGGGUGGGGGGAUCUACGUUGUGAAUACCCAUUCCGGCAAGCAAGCCACAGAGAUGCUCUUGUGAAGUCUUUUCUGUUUUGCUACAAGCUUUCUUCCAGUGCUUUAGUGCUGCGUUAUCGUAAAUCCUUUUUGUUUUCUUAUAUAUAUAAAAAAAAACCUUCAUGCAUGUUACUACAUUGUCACUGAUUUUAGGGGUUUCUGUAUUUUUUUUUUAUUUUAGUUUUUGAAAAAUAAACCCUCAUUUUUAAGAAA